GCUGUUCAGAAGAUUGCCAUUUAAAACGCAUAACUUAAUUCAAACAUUUAACUUCUGUAGGUGUUAUUUAAAAAUACGCAUUGGGAGAAGUAAUCUAGUUGGUUGUAUAUCUCCGAGGGACGAGUGAAACUGCAGAUAAACGGUGUUUGUACAUGUGCAGGAUGGAGCUGCGGCCACUUGUCAUGUGCUUUGCUCUCUGUGUGGUUUAUGCCACCAGCAAACCCACAGAGAAGAAGGACCGUGUUCACCACGAUGACCCCCUAAGUAACCGAGAGCACGAUGAUUCAGAGAACUUUGACUAUGACCACGAAGCCUUUCUGGGACAAGAGGAGGCCAAGACCUUCGACCAGCUCACACCAGAGGAGAGCAAGGAGAGGCUCGGCAUGUUGGUUGAACGUAUAGAUGACGAUAAGGAUGGCUAUGUGACUGUUGAGGAGAUGAAGAAGUGGAUCAAACACGCUCAGAAGAGAUGGAUCUAUGACGACGUGGAUCGGCAGUGGAAGAGUCAUGACCUCAAUGGGGAUGAAUUGGUGUCAUGGGAGGAGUAUAAGAAUGCCACAUAUGGAUAUAUUCUUGACGACCCCGACCCUGAUGAUGGCUUUAGCUACAGGCAGAUGAUGAAUCGUGAUGAGAGGAGAUUCAAAAUGGCUGACCAAAACAACGACAUGAAAGCCAACAAGGAGGAGUUCACAGCCUUCCUUCACCCCGAGGAGUACGACCACAUGAAAGACAUUGUAGUGUUGGAAACUAUGGAAGACAUUGACAAGAAUGGAGAUGGUUUAAUUGAUCUGGACGAGUACAUCGGUGACAUGUACAACCAGGAGGGAGACGCAACAGAACCUGAGUGGGUGAAGACGGAGAGGGAACAAUUUACUGAAUUCAGAGACAAAAACAAAGACGGAAAGAUGGACAAGGAGGAGACCAGAGACUGGAUCUUGCCCAAUGAUUACGACCAUGCUGAGGCCGAGGCCAAGCAUCUGGUCUAUGAGUCAGAUGCAGACAAAGAUGGCCGUCUGACAAAGGCAGAAAUCGUGGAGAAGUACGACUUGUUCGUGGGCAGCCAGGCGACCGACUUCGGAGAGGCUCUCACUCGACACGACGAGUUCUAAGCUAAUCUACCUGGCACCCAAAGACUGUGUUCAUCCUGUAAACCACCUUACUGCUCUGACUGUGGACAGUGUGUUUUUGUUUUUUUUGUUUUUUUUGUUUGUUUGUUUUGUUUUUAAAAAAACAAGAUGAGCUCGACUAAUCCAACGCCACGGACAAUAAUUUAUUUGAUCUCUUGAAUGUGUCCCAUUGUACACACACUAAUGCCAAGUGUGUCCUCAAGCUCAGUUGUGCGUAAGAUUGGGAUAUAUAUCGCCAGCUUUUGCUCUGCUUCCACACACUAUCCUCGCCUUGUCCAGGUCAGGUGAAGGACAAACAGUGUUAGUGUUUUGUUUUUUCUUUUUGAAAGAAUUAUUUUAUGAAAUAGCCAUGUUUUGUUAAGAAAACCAUGAUAAAAAAAAUUAAGUUUAGACGUGCAGUAUACAGAAUAGUUUGUUGUUCUUUUUGCAAUGCACUGGACCGUGAAGAGUAAAACUGAUUUCUAGAGUUAGCUCUACUCCUCUGUCUAAUCAUGUAAUUGGGUCCAAAUUGAAUUCACUUGUACUUUGUUUUUGAUGUCUUUAUUGAUCAUAGUUUGAAAAUGCUGGAGUAGAGGAUGUUUGAAAUGAGGGGUAAAUGUUGAAUUCCAGUGACAAUGAAGACUAUUUGGACUAGUGCAAUACAGUAUCAUCAGUGGAACCGCGCUGUGUUUGCUAUAAUGGUCCCCCAAAACAUCCAUGGUAACGCAGGCUGCGCUGUGUGUUAGUUGAAGGAAUCAAGGUGACUUUAGGGACUGAUGGAUGCUUUGUCAAAUCUGCCUCUUCUUCUUUCUCAUCACCUCAAUGUUGUGUGUGUCUGCGUGUGAAUGUGUGUGUGUGUGUGUGUGUGUGGGUGCGUGUGUGUGUGUGUGUGUGUAUAUAUGUACUUGGAUUCUUGAUGAUUGACUCCCCCUUUUUUCAAUGUUAUGUUUUGAGUUUUGUGUGAUUCAGCUGAACUACUAACUCAUUUGUGUGCCAAGCAAAAAAAAAAAAAUCUUUGUCCUGUUUUGUAGGCAGUUUAAAAAAAACACUUUCUCCUUCAUAUCUUGGGAGCUAAAUAUGUUUGUUAUGCUUGUAUUAUCAGUACCACCAUUUAUAACCACUGUUGAUAAUUUUUAUGGUAUACUAUAAUGUACAUGAUAAUGUUUUUUUACAGGCUCACUGCAGCGACUUGCCUUUCACGAGUGACUUUACUGUAUAUAAGUUGUUGGUCUGCAACUGAGCACUCUAAUAACAAUCAGGUCCAGUUUUUGUGAUUGAGAAGAAUGUCUCAAUAAAACAAAUAAAAUUGGAGCUUUUA